AUGGGAAAGAUACAUCAAGCUCAUACGAGCCUUACUUGUGGUUUAGGAAAUAUGCUGACUGGCUUGUUGUACGUGUGGCCUUCCUACACUAUCGUACAUUUCACGAAAACUGACACAGAAUAUCUGAAUGCUCCAAUGACUGAAAUUGAAAGCUCCUUAGUAGGGAGUCUGCCUUCUUUGGGAGCUAUGGCUGGCACAGUACUAGUUGGUUGGUUGAUGAGUAUAUUUGGAAGGCAGAAGACUGGUUUGAUCCUGGCUUUUCCAAUGCUGGCUUCCUGGUUAAUGAUAGAUCUAACAAGAUCGUCUAUGGUAAUUCUAAUAGCGAGAUUUCUGAGUGGUGUGUCAGGAGGUGGGUUCCUCGUGCACUCACCCAUCUUCAUAUCUGAGGUGGCAGAACCAUCGAUACGAGGAACGUUAGCUUCUGCUCCAAUGACAUUCUACUGCAUCGGCAUCUUAGUUUCCUAUCUAAUGGGUUGGUUUUUAACCUACCGGUAUAUCAUAUGGGGUAACUUGGUCUGUUGUAUUGUGUACGCGGCCCUUAUGAUAACAGUUACUGAAAGUCCAGUUUAUUUACUUCGACAAAACAGAGAAGAGGAAGCUCGUUUGGCUAUCAGCCACUACUUAGGUGGUUCUGUGAAUUCUAAAGCCGUACUGGAGGAAUUUUCUAGACUUAAGGAACAAGUAGUGCCUGCUGUAGAACUGGUAGCAAAAGACCCCGAUCAAAGUGAAAAACAAAAACUUAACUCUGAAAUCAAUGACGUGGAGCAACAAACGAAGGAUAAAAUGUCACCAAUGAAAAUGUUAUUUGUUUCGCCAGCAUCCCGACGCGCCUUUACUACAGUUUUCCUCAUACUAUCUUUACAAGUUAUGAUGGGUAUGAUAGCUGUGCAAGUGUACGCUAAGGAUAUCUUCACUCACGCCGCUCCUAAUCUGUCUUCACAUUUUUGCUCCGUUAUGUUUGCAUCCACUCUUCUGCUUGGCAGCCUUAUUAAUGGAUUACUUCUGGACAAAUUCGGUAGAAAGAUUCCGUUGAUCUCAUCGUCCAUUGCAACCGGUGUAUGCCUCGUGGGUUUGGGUUUCUUUAUUCAGACCAGUAUUGCUCCAGCGUGGGUGACAGCUUUAAUGAUAUUAUUCUUUUGUUUUUCCUUCAUGAGCGGUGCUGGUUCCGUGCCUUACGUUAUGUUGGCUGAGAUGUUUACAUCAGAGGUUCAAAGCGUCGCUUCUAUGAUUCUCAUGGAAUGGGUAUGGCUUUUAAAUUUCCUGCUGGUUGGAGUUUUUCCAUUUAUGAUCAAGUUUCUCGGAGUCCACGGCGCCUUCUAUAGUUUUGCGUUGUUCGCAUUGUUUGAUUGUCUCGUUGCUAUCUUCGUAGUACCAGAGACUAAGGGACUGACCAUCGAUCAGAUUCAAAAAGUAUUGCUUUACCGGCCACUGAAAUGA